AUGUUAAAACCAGAAGAACAUACUGACCAAGAUCAUGCAAAUUCUGAUUCUGAAGAAAAACUUGAAUUAAAUAUUAUUGUAAGUUCAUCCUCUAAGGCAUCUUCUAAGCUUGAUAAGCUUUUAAAUGAAUUGUCUAUAGAAGAUAACCAUACCACCACUCUUAAACCAUUCAAAGUGCCUAUUCAAGAAGCACAUAAUGCAUUAAAAACAUGGAUAACUUUCUUUGAACAACAACAAUCUUCAAAUUUUAAUAUGAAUAAUAUAAAAAUAUUUAAAAAAUAUGAUAAAAUG